AAUUUUGUGAGGAAUUCAGUCUUGAGCCAACCUCUGACAGGAAUGACCAUGGCUUGUCUAAAGAUCUUCAUUUUCGUGGUAGCUCUGUGCAGCGCUGGUCGCCUCACACUGGCGACUGACUGCGAUGUCACCGUCAGAGUCGACUACCCCACCGGCGCAGCGGCCUCGCCCUUCUGCUCCUUGUCCUGCAACGACGCUUCCAGCCUCUUCAUCUCUGGCGUGGUGUACAAGAGGUUCGCGCAGCUUCAGGAGACUAGCCAGCAGAUGGUGGAAGCUACCUUCAGGAACGGUCAACUGACUAAAUGUGCUCUCGUGCCCUACCUCACAAGUGAGCAGCUUCUAAGUGAGGCAGAAACGUUACAAGCAGCGGUGAACGCUUGCACCGAACCUUCCAACAUCGAACCCACGACUGAGGCUCCAGUGUCCACGACUGAGGCUCAAGUGCCCACGACUGAGGCUCCAGUGCCCACGACUGAGGCUCCAGUGCCCACGACUGAGGCUCAAGUGUCCACGACUGAGGCUCCAGUGCCCACGACUGAGGCUCCAGUGCCCACGACUGAGGCUCCAGUGCCCACGACUGAAAUUAUAUUCUCGACUGAUGCUGCAACAACAGAAGAGGCUACGACAACACCGGAACCCACAACCACACCUGAACCUACCACCACACCGGAAGUAACUACCACUCCUGAACUUACAACAACACCUAAACCUACAACAACACCUGAACCUACAACAACACCUGAACCUACAACAACACCUGAACCUACAACAACACCUGAACCUACAACAACACCUGAACCUACAACAACACCAGCUCCCACAACUACACCAGCUCCCACAACUACACCUGUACCCACAACCACGCCUACAAGCACUACCACGACGAAGCCUACGACCACAACUACCACUACGACCACUACGACAACGAAGCCUACGACCACAACUACCACUACGACCACUCCCAAACCCACCACAACAACCACGACGCUGCCUCCCAUCACUUACUCGUGUCCCUCCGGCGCCGUGAAGUACAACGAUCGGACGUGCUACAAACUCUUCACCACACCCAAAUCUUGGAGUGACGCCCGCACAGCAUGCCAGGCUUACGGCGCUACGUUGGUCCGGAUCACUUCCUUAACGGAGUUCAACUACCUCAGAAGCUACGCAAGCUCCUACUACUUCUGGACUGACGUCAAUGAUAUCGCCAAGGAAGGAACCUACGUGUUUUCCAACGGUGGCACUCCGUACAUCACUUGGGGUGUGGACAAGCCGAAGGAAUCGAAGUGGUGGUACAUCAGCUGGUUGCAGGGCAACCUCGACUGCGUCAUGUUCAGUCCCAGCUCAGGAAUGAGCGACGAGGAUUGUAACGACAAAAAAUACUUCGUAUGCCAGUCGGCCACUAUUCCUUCACGCUAAAUCAGAACAAGCCUGUCACCUGUGGAUCAAAAUGACGACAGAGUAACAUCAGUGAUCAUCGACGCACACCAAUGUUGAUGUAACAAAAAUA